CCCAGUGCCCCAGUGUUGCCGAGAGUGCACUGUGAAGAGAUGGAAGACGAGGAGCACGAGGUGUAUGGAGGAGAAAUCCCCGUCGAAGGUGAAUUGGAAGGAGACGUAGAGUCUCACGGGGCCGAUGUUGACAUGUCCACCGCCGAUGACGACGCCGUUAAGGAGUUGGAUGAGAUGAAGAAACGAUUGAAGGAGAUGGAAGAAGAAGCUGCUGCGCUUAGAGAAAUGCAGGCCAAAGUUGAGAAGGAGAUGGGCGCCGUUCAAGAUCCUGCCAGUGAUCCUGCUUCUCAGGCAAACAAGGAGGAACUUGAUUCACGAUCAAUAUUUGUUGGCAAUGUGGAUUACGCAUGCACCCCGGAGGAAGUUCAGCAACAUUUCCAAGCAUGUGGUACAGUGAACCGAGUCACUAUUUUGACAGACAAGUUUGGUCAGCCAAAGGGCUUUGCAUAUGUGGAAUUCCUUGAACAAGAAGCUGUUCAGGAGGCAAUCAAGCUGACUGAAUCUGAACUCCAUGGGCGACAGUUGAAGGUUAUGCCAAAGAGGACAAAUGUUCCUGGGAUGAAACAGUUUCGUGGAAGGCGUUUCAACCCUUACAUGGCAUAUGGUUUUCGGAGGCCUUAUGUGCCUCCCUACUUCUAUUCCCCCUAUGGAUAUGGGAAGGUGCCAAGGUUUAGGCGGCCAAUGCGAUACAUGCCUUACUAUUAAAGUGCAAUUGCCAGCUUGCCAUUGAGUUUGACAAAACUGAGCCAUUCGGUAUGAAGAAGCAAAUUGUUGAAGGAUAAAUAACCCUGAAUUCGUCUCUUAAUGACCCCUUGAAAAACUUUUUCUUUGUUAUUAGCUUCUUCCUUAGCAUGGAUGUGAGAAUGCUGUAAAAGCCAUUAUCUAUUCACCACUUAUAAAGAUUUCUUAUUAUGUCUGGUCUCAUCUAAUUGAUUACUGACGUUAUAGUGCUGAAAGUUUGUCCUUCUAACUGGUAGAGUGUUAGUAAUAGUAUGGACCUUGUUUUUCAG